AAAGCUUCCUUCUAGUCAGCGACGCACUUAUUAUAGGAAUUCCCCCGUCGCUCGCGUCUGAACCCUCCCUCUCCCAUACGGCGGAGAAGUCCUCCAUGGCUGUGACUUCGGAGCCACCGGCUAAUGGCUUGUGGGAUUCGGUGGUUGUGCUGACGAAGUCGGCUCAGGAGAAGAACGCCGACCCACUCCACUGGGCCGUACAGCUCGCCUCCACCGCCGCCGCCGCUGGCGUCUGCCUCCCCUCCGGUACACUCGCUCAGCUCCUCGUCUCUCACUUCUUCUCCGACAAUCACACGCCGAUCGCCUGGAAGCUCCUCGAGAAAGCCAUGACCGUCAAGAUCGUCCCUCCCUUGCUCGUCCUCGCCCUUCUCUCCCCGCGGAUAAUCCCGAACAGAAAGCUUCAUCCUGCGGCGUACAGGCUUUAUAUGGAACUCCUCAAGAGACAUGCUUUCUCGUUAACAUCUCAAAUUGACGGACCAGAGUAUCAAAAGACAAUGAAAUCCAUAGAUGGUAUUCUCCAUCUCUCUGAGAUCUUUGGUGUCCAAAAGCAAGAACCAGGAAAUCUUCUCCUUGAGUUUGUCUUCUCCAUAGUCUGGCAACUAGUUGAUGCAUCUCUAGAUGAUGAAGGGCUUCUGGAAUUGACUUCUGAAAAAAGGUCUAAAUGGCCGUGUGGUCCCGACAACAUGGAAAUGGAUGAACUGGACAAUUCCAGAAUGAGAUUGGAGAACCAUAAUAUACUGGAGAAAGCAAACACUGGAAUGGCUAUUGAGCUGAUCCAAGAUUUCCUGCAAGAUAAAGUAACGUCAAGGAUUUUUUACUUGGCAAGUCAGAAUAUGCCAUCACACUGGGAAGACUUUAGUCAUCGUCUGAGAGUACUGGCAACCGAAUCAGUGGCAGUGAGGAAUUCAAAUCAUAUGGCUCCUGAAGCCCUUAUACAAUUGACAUCUGAUACAAGUAAACUUCUGUCAAGGGAUUUCAAGAUGAUGCCACAAAGAGAGUUUCAUGCAGCUGUCUCCCAUGGUUCUAAUUUAGUGAUUACUUGUCCAUGCCCCGGGACAAGUGAAUCUGCAAUUUGGUUGCCCAUUGAUCUUUUCCUUCAGGAUAUUAUGGAUGGGUCACAAGUGGCAGCAGCCAGUGCUGUCGAAAAUUUAACUGGUCUGGUAAAAGCACUGCAGGCAGCUAACAGUACCACAUGGCAUGAUGCCUUUCUGGCUCUAUGGAUUGCAGCCUUACGGCUCGUGCAACGGGAAAGAGAACCAAGUGAGGGUCCUGUACCUCGCAUCGACACUUUUCUUUGUGUGUUACUGUCAGUCACUCCACUUGCAGUUGCCAACAUCAUUGAAGAAGAAGAAAGUCAGUGGAUUUAUCAAAGUGCAUCUAGUCCAGGCGACAAGCGCAAAGAGAAACAAGGAAAAUGCCGCAAGGGACUAGUCACCAGCUUGCAGCAACUGGGUGAUUAUAACAGCUUGCUGACACCACCUCGUUGUGUACAGCCAGUCGCAAAUCAAGCUGCUGCUAAAGCAGUCAUGUUCAUUUCAGGCGUGACAAAUGACAAUGGAUGCUAUGAAAAUACCAGCAUGAAUGAAUUGCCUUGUGGCUGUUCCGGUAAUUUGAGCCAUCUGAUUGUGGAGGCAUGUAUCUCCAGAAACUUGUUGGAUACAUCUUCAUACCUCUGGCCAGGCUAUGUAAACGGGAUAACCAAUCAAGUGCCCCAGAGUCUUGUUGGCAAUACUUCUUGUUGGUCAUUACUGAUGAAGGGUUCACCUCUAACGCCAUCUUUAACGAAUGCACUAAACGGGACUCCAGCUUCUAGCUUAGCAGAGAUCGAGAAAAUAUAUGAGAUUGCAACUACUGGUUCAGAGGAUGAGAAAAUAGCUGCGGCUUCUAUUCUCUGUGGGGCAUCUCUAGUACGUGGUUGGAACAUACAGGAACAUGUAAUUGUUUUCAUUGUAUCUUUACUGUCGCCUCCUGCUCCAGCUGAUCAUUCUGGGAGUUAUAGCCAUCUAGUUGGUUAUGCACGAUUUCUCAAUGUUCUUCUUCUCGAGAUAUCACCUGUCGAUUGUGUUCAGAUUUUCUCUUUGCAUGGCAUGGUCCCCUGGCUUGCCGGUGCUUUGAUGCCGAUAUGUGAAGCAUUUGGUUCUAGCAUUCCUGAUAUCACAUGGGCUCUCCCAACAGGCGAAGAAUUCUCCUCACAUGCUGUCUUUUCUAAUGCAUUCACACUUCUGUUGAGGCUAUGGAGAUUUGAUCAUCCACCUCUAGAUCACGUCAUAGGAGAUGUACCGCCUGUUGGCUCUCAAUCCAGCCCUGAGUAUCUUCUAUUGGUACGAAAUUGUUUUUUAGCAUCCUUUGGGAAGUCAGCAAAGGAUCAGAUGGCACGGAAGAGAUUUUCAAAAGCCAUAACUCUCUCCUUAGAACCCAUUUUUAUGGAUUUGUUCCCUAGACUAAAACAGUGGUAUCGACAGCAUCAGGAAUGUAUUGCUUCGAUUCUCUCAGGACUUACUAAGGGAAGCCCAGUGCAUCACAUUGUUGAUGCUCUCCUAAGCAUGAUGUUCAAGAAAGCGAAUAAAGGCAGUGGUCAAUCGCUGACUCCUCCGUCUUCAGGAAGCAGUAGUGUGUCAGCAGCUUCCACGGCAGAGGACACUUGUGAUCAGCUCAAGUUACCUGCAUGGGAUAUCUUAGAAGCCACACCGUUUGUUCUUGAUGCUGCUCUAACCGCCUGUGCUCAUGGAACACUCUCUCCCAGGGAACUGGCAACAGGUCUUAAAAUCCUUGCCGAUUUUCUACCAGCAACACUGGGGACGAUUGUUAGCUACUUUUCGGCAGAAGUAACACGAGGACUGUGGAAGCCAGCUUCGAUGAAUGGAACCGACUGGCCCAGUCCUGCAGCAAAUCUAGCAAGUGUUGAGCAACAGAUAAAGAAAAUCUUAGCAGCUACUGGCGUUGACAUCCCAAGGCUUCCUGUUGAUGGAAGCUCUCCGGCUAUGCUUCCCCUGCCUCUUGCUGCACUAGUCAGCCUCACGAUAACCUACAAGCUUGACAAAGCAUCUGACCGCUUCCUUGUACUGGUCGGCCCUGCCCUUGAUUCCCUCGCCGCUGCUUGCCCCUGGCCCUGCAUGCCAAUCGUUGUCUCACUCUGGGCGCAGAAAGUGAAGCGCUGGAGUGACUAUCUCGUUUUCUCUGCCUCCAGAACUGUUUUCCACCACAACAGCGAUGCCGUUGUUCAGCUCCUUAGAAGCUGCUUCACUUCCACCCUUGGGCUAACACCUGCCUCCCAGAUCUCCAGCAGGGGAGGUGUUGGUGCGCUCCUCGGCCAUGGGUUCCGCUCCCUCUACUCUGGAGGAAUCUCUGCAGCGGCACCAGGGAUCUUGUACAUAAAAGUGCACCGUGCAAUCAGAGAUGUCAUAUUCAUGACAGAAGAAAUCCUCUCUCUUCUGAUGUUCUCCGUGAAGAACAUUGCCUCCAGCGAGUUGUCGAUAGAAAAAGCUGAGAGGCUGAAGAGGUCGAAGCACGGGACGAGAUAUGGGCAGGUGACGCUCUCAUCGGCCAUGAGACGUGUAAAGCUAGCAGCUUCCCUGGGAGCAUCUCUGGUAUGGAUGUCUGGAGGUCUAAACCUCGUCCAGGCUCUGAUAAAGGAGACGUUGCCAUCAUGGUUCAUAUCGGGCCAAGGCUCAGAAGGUGAGGUGGGAGGUAUGGUUCCGGUGCUGAGAGGGUACGCUCUUGCCUACUUUGCAAUACUGUGCAGUGCAUUCGCGUGGGGAGUGGACUCGUCAACUCCAGCAUCCAAGCGGAGGCCCAGAGUCUUGAGGCUGCACCUGGAGUUCCUGGUGAGCGCUUUGGAUGGGAAGAUAUCUCUGGGGUGUGAUUGUGCCACGUGGCAGGCGUACGUAACUGGGUUUGUGAGCCUGAUGGUGAGUUGCGUGCCGGCAUGGGUCCUGGAGAUGGACGUGGAGGUGGUCAAGAGGCUGAGCAAAGGCCUCCGGCAAUGGAAGGAGGAAGAGUUGGCUCUCUCUCUCCUGAGCGCCGGUGGGGUUGGCACCAUGGGCGCUGCUACUGAACUCAUCGUGCAGACUUUUCAUAAAUUGUAGCUUUUAUUUAUCGUUUCUCGUUUUUAUUUAUAAAUAACCCAUCGAAUUUGAUGCAGUCAGUGUAGAGAAUUAAAAGUAAAAUUUCUAAAUGAAGGCGUCGAUAGUUCUUGUA